AUGUUAUAUUGUGAUAGUAAAUAUUAUUAAAAAAGAACAAUUUGUAUCAUGCAUAUAUCACAUUAUUGAAAUAUAUGUAGAAUACAAACUUUUAUAAUAAUUUACAAAUUAAUAAAAGUAUAUGUUUACAAUUAUAAAUAUAAGUUGCAAAUUACCAUUGUAGCAUGGUCAGUAGCUACAAUAUAUUCAGAUACUGUAUGAUCUGAUGGUACAGGAUGACUAUCAUUUUCAUCUGUUAAAUAUUCUCUAUUUAUGUUAUUAUAAUAUCCCAAAUAUCUUGAGUUAUUUGUCAUUAUGAUAUUUGAAUUUUAUAAUUUAUCUAAAAUGCAUAAGAAAUUUAUUUACAGUUUAUUCUUUUAUCUCAUUAAUAUAAAAAAAUAAUUACACAAUGGUUAAAUAAUAUUAUAAUAAAGAAAAUUUAUGCUCUUUAUUUGAGUAAAACUUACUUCAUAAAUGAUAAAUGAUAUUUUUGUAUAUCACAAAUUUCAAAAGAAAAUUUUAAUUUUAUACUUAAAUAUUAAUUUAACAUUGCCUGUAAAAAUUAUUAUUAAAUGUUACACUUAAAAUUCCUCUGACAAUAUUAUAUAAUAACAUGUAAUUGAUAAUCGAUAAAUGAAUUUAUUAUUUAUUAGCAUUUGCUUUAGAUCAAGUAUAUCAAAUGUAAGUAAAUCAUCAAAUAUAAGGAAUAUGUGUGUUGCAUUUUUUUUUUUAAAUAAUGCGGGGGCAAUAAAAUAGGAGCGAUGUCUACAAUGAAUUGCAAAAUACACAAUUAUCAUAGAAUCUUUUGAUUGCACAGUACGUAUGACAACAUUCUGUCGCGGUCAUAAACUCCUAAUUUAGUAAUAUGAUGUCAUUUGACAAGGUCAUAUAUGCAUCCUUAAUCAGUAAAUGUAAUCAUUAAAAACUUUUAUUUUUGAUUUGAAUAUUUUUUAUUUAUUAAUCUGGAAUUUUCAUUGAUUUGUAUAUGUAUAAUUUAUUCAUAGUAAAAGUAUAAGUGAUUAAAUUAAAUCGACAAAAUUCAAAAUUAAAAUCAAAAUCAGACAAAUAUAUAUAUUUUAUAUCAUUUUUAUUAUUAUUACGUUAAAUGAUGUUAAUUUUUUGAUUACUGUCUAAAAUUUUUUAUUUUGUUCCAUCAUGCGAAAAAAACGUAUUUUUGUCAAGAAAAUUAAGAAAACGUCGAAGGAUAAUGCUGAAAGAUUUACUUGCGCAAGCGCCAUAAAUCGUGUCAGCUUAGAACUAAACACAUAUUGCCCUUUAAUUUGCAUUUAUUUUCAUUGAUUUAUUUAAUUCGAAGACAAAAAUUUCGUAUCUGACUGGAAAACGUGUACAAAAAAGCAGCGUGCAAACUCGCAUAGUUAUUAAUAAAUAUCGCAUAGUUAUGUACUUCAAUAAACCAGGUGUAGCAAGAUUGAUAUUUAUCGUACCUGAUGAUACUCAUAUUGGAGAGAUUUGUCGAAAGCAAAUUCUAUGUGUAAAUUUGAGAUUUAGAUCUUGUUUAUUAAUUUAUCGCAGGCACAGUUAUUAAUUCUCGUUUUCUUCGUCAGGGAACGUCGGUCAGAUGGAAAAUAAUAUUGGUACAUUAUGGAUGCCCGAUUUUAGAAAUAUUGAUAUUAACGGUACUGUUUGGUACAUUGUGCACUUUCUGUAACGACACACCGUGACAAAACAUUUAAAUGUCAAAAUAUACCGAGAAUUUCCUCGAAGAACACUGAUUUAUUCACUGAUUUGUUUAGAUGGAUGCAGAUGCAACAUAACUGUACGUUUCUAAAGCUUUCGCAUUAGUGUGAAGAUCUCGAGCGAAAGGUGUAUUUAUUGCACCUUGGUAGAUGAAAACACUUCGUGACGCCUUUAAAAGGUAAGGCUGCAUUGUUUUUUCCCCAAGUGCAAUUCUAUGAAAACUGAUUGCAAAAGAUAUUUUACAUUUCGAUUAUCGAACGAUAUCGUCAACUUUUGAAACUGAGUUUCUCAAGAAUUAAUUGUUAAUGAUAAUAUUGUGAUAGUAUUAUUAUUUCGUUACUUUAUUUUAUUAAUCACACACACAUAUAUACAUAUUUUUAAUAUAUCUUCAAAAAUUCGAUAGCAUAUUCAAUUUAUUGUACAUAUUAAAUUUUUAUCAAAACGUUCUCGUAUUCUAUAGUUCUUGUAUUGUAAUUAAGUUUAAUAUAAUUUGCAUCUGUUUGCAUAUUUAUAAAACUUUUUACAAAGUAUUAUUUCUAAAAAUUAUAUUCAUAAAAUCUGAUAUUUAUCAUCUAGAAAAGAUGUUUAUAUAUGUAUAAUAAAUAUAUAUGUAACAUACCAGCAUAGUAGGUGUUUUUUUUUACAUAAAUAUUUUUACAUACAAAUUUUUAACUUUUUGACGAUAAUUCGUAUUUAUCAUACGUGAACUCAAUUAUGAUUUUUAAAUUACGAUAAAAUUACAUAUUAAUAUGCGUAUUAAUAAUUGCGCAUGCGUUGUAAAUAAUGUCAUAAAUUCCGCGCCAAAAACUGAAACCUUCGUUUGGAUUCGGUAUAUGUUAAUUGUCUAAAUAUAAAUCACUGGUGAACUUUUUGAUGGAAAAAUAAUUUUUUUAUUAACUGUUGUAGAAAUAUUGUUACUGCAUUCGUAUUUGUAUAUGGAGAUUUUGAAAUGUCUCAACACGGUGCUGCUUUGCAAGCAUAUAAUCAAGAACUUGUAAAGUGUAAAUUUACAUUUAUUUAUGUAUAAUUAAUAUAAUUGAUAAAGAAAGUCCGGCAUAUUGUUAAUCAUUUUAUAUUAAAAUAUGAGCAUAAAGUAGAAAUGAAUUGUAUAGAAUGACACGAUGGUAUAUAUAGGUUAUAAAACUGAUACAUAUAAAUAUUUACACAUUAUUUUAUUAAUUUUCGAUUUUUUAGGUUUAG